UUACCCGACCAUAUAUCCGUGAUAACCUGUGUGCUCACCGGUCAUUGAUGCUCAUUCUGCGCGUUUCUUGGGGACGCCACAGUUGACCCUCGCCAACCUGGUUGGUCGCGCACCGACCAUGGCCAUUGCGGUUGACGACAAGGACAGUCACUUCAGACAUGCACCUGUGCGCUGUGGCUAUGGAACCGAGGGAUACUUGCGAUCGGCAGAGGAGCUUUCGCUUGCUGGUUCAGUUGCGGUCUCUGUUUCCUACAUCGAUGGCUGGAACCACGAUGACCAUGUUGAGGAAGGUGAUAAUAAGCAUUAUACGAUCUCAGAAAGGGUUUCCGUCAUGUCAUCGGUGAGUGGCAUGUUCAACACAACCCGCUCUUCGCCUCGAGGUAUCACAAUGAUUAACCCACGUCUUGAAGGAUCAUGGCAUUGCUAAGGGCGACAUCGAUAGCAAUGGCCCGGUUGAGGCACACAGCAUCUCGGAGGACCGCAACACUGACUCCGACCAGUCAGACCUCCUCUCUACGCCGCUCUCCCCGCUGUUCGGCUUCCCGGCCACGCACCUGGACCGUGACACGAAGACCGGACAUUUUGACGCCACGAUUCCUG